CGGCUCUGUAGCCUCUCCGGCGGCGCCAGGCCCCGGGCGCGGUCCCGGUCCCUCCCGCCGCCUUUCAGCCCCUGGAGCCCACGAGAGUCCUGGGGACCCGCGCUUCUCCAGGGCCAGCGAGGGCCCAGUGUGAGAGCACUUGGAACUGUGACUGCCCUCUGGUGGUGAACCAGAAUCAUCACUUUGUAUGACCUGAGAAGGCCACUCAAUCACGUGAUAUUCGCUGGCCUUAAGGGACCUUCUAAAGGAUGUCUGGUAUUGGAGCCUGUCUGAUGAAGGAGCCUAAUACAAUAGCUCUUCACUUUCACCUGAAUAAGGUUUUUAUCCCUGAUUCUGAGUCAUGAGCCAGCUCAGAGAUGGGACCCUUGAAGAGAUUUGAGUUGCUGCUGAGUUUUAGUGGAAGGUCUGCUUCCUUACCAGCAAGCAUCCAAGCCUGAAUAAGUGCCCAUCAAGAGGACAUGUGAUGACAUGGAGCCUGAAAUCAACUGCUCUGAAUUUUGUGACAGUUUUCCUGGCCAGGAACUGGAUCGGAGACCCCUUCAUGAUCUCUGCAAGACAACCAUUACCUCUUCCCAGGACAGCAGUACAGCCAUCUCUUCAUUGUCUCCUGCCCUCUUGGGUGUUGUUUGGACUUUUCUUAGCUGCGGACUACUUCUGGUGCUUUUCUUUCUUGCUUUCACAAUCCGCUGCAGGAAGAACAGGAUUGUGAAGAUGUCCAGCCCCAAUCUGAACAUUGUGACCUUGCUGGGCAGUUGUUUGACUUACAGUAGCGCCUAUCUUUUUGGGAUUCAAGAUGCUUUCAUGGGAAGCUCAAUGGAAGCUCUCAUCCAGAUGAGAUUGUCCAUUCUAUGCAUCGGGACAUCCCUUGUGUUUGGCCCCAUUCUGGGGAAGAGUUGGAGACUCUACAAGGUGUUUACCCAGAGGGUCCCAGACAAGAGAGUGAUUAUCAAAGACCUGCAGUUGCUGGGGUUGGUAGCAACCCUGGUGGUAGCUGAUGUGAUCCUGCUCGUGACGUGGGUGCUGACUGAUCCCAUCCAGUGCCUGCAGAUCCUUGGUGUCAGCAUGAAGGUGACAGGGAGAGACGUCUCCUGCUCUUUGACCAACACACAGUUCUGUGCUUCGCGGUACUCUGAUGUCUGGAUUGCUCUGGUUUUGGGGUACAAGGGGCUGCUGCUGCUGUAUGGUGCCUACCUGGCGGGACUAACCGACCAUGUCAGCUCUCCUCCAGUGAACCAGUCCUUGACUAUCAUGGUUGGAGUCAACCUCCUGCUGCUCAUGGCUGGGCUACUUUUUGUGAUCACCAGAUACUUGCACUCCUGGCCCAAUCUGGUCUUUGGACUCACAUCUGGAGGCAUCUUCGUUUGCACAACCGUGGUGAACUGCUGUGUCUUCCUUCCCCAGCUGAAGCAAUGGAAGGCUUUUGAAGGAGACAACCAAACAAUGAGACACAUGGCCAAGUAUUUCAGUAGCCCUAGCAAAAGCUUCCAUGCGCAGUUUGGUGCAGACCAGAACUGCCACUUGAGGGAAGAGAAGAGCUCCAUGGAGAGACUCCUCACAGAAAAAAAUGCAGUAAUUGAAAGCCUGCAGGAACAAGUCAACAACGCUAAGCAGAAAUUAGUGAAGCUGAUGUCUGAAGAGUGCACCUCUGACUCCCCAGACUGGGUUGCCCCAGCCGAAGCCUCUGCCCAUGGGCUGGCAGCCCAAGAACCUUCAGAAUGCCCUUCUGCCCCUGAGGAUGAUACCAGUGCAGCUGCUAAGGACUCCCUGUACACCCCAGGAGCCUCCAACCAUGUGCAAAGCCCUGAGGCAUCUCAGAGGGACACUAGUCCCUCCCCAGGCCAGAAGAAGAAGAUGCUUUUGAAACACUUUUGUGAUCCUUUGGACUUGGGUUGUGGCCAGAAGCCACAGGCUGAGAAAAGGGAGAGUCCAGAAAGAGGAGACCAGGGACUGAUGGCCCCCAUGCUAGAUGGAGGAGCUUGUGAACCCCAGAGGCCCAGGCAGAGCUCAGAAGAAUUCCCAGACAGACUACCUAGAGUCAAUUCAGUGGUCAAAGAAAAGCUUCAGGAAGUCUUACAAGAGCUGGAGCUGGACCCCGAGACUCCCCUCUCCUCCCCACCUUGUCCCCAGCAGCUUUGGAAGAACAGCACUUCCUGCAGCCCCCAGAAACUGCCUCUGUUUAGGGGACUGGGCUUCAGCCCAUAUGUAGCGAGGAGGAGGCGGACAGCCCAGCGGGCUCGCUCCCACUUCCCUGGCUCAGUAGCCCCCAAUGGGGGGCAUCAAACAAACAGAACUAUUUCUGGUGCACAUAGUGGACUGAAUGUACAGACUGGGGACAACCCCAGCCUGGACCUCCAAAGCACAGCUUCCAAACUACCACGAUCCUUUUCCAUAAAGCCUUUACCACUUUCAGAUCCUCACUCAAGACUGGGUGCCCUGGAUGGCAGUAAACAAUGCCAGACUAAGCUCCAGGGGGCUGCAGGCUGUGAUGCAACCUUUCCUUGUCAACCUUCUGCUUCUAGCAAGGCACAAAGUCCCAUUGUUCCAUGCCUACCUCCUUCACCAGGCCUGCCUGGUCAGUUGCAGCCCCGGCCCCCAGUGUAUCCUGGCCGCCCUUCCUUGUCCUCUCAGUGUAACUUCCUGGACACUGAGUCAAGCAGCUCAGAUGAGUUCUUCUGCCGCUGUCACCGGCCAUAUUGUGAAAUCUGCUUCCAGAGCUCUUUGGACUCCAGUGACAGUGACACAUCAGACAGUGGCCCUGAGCCUGCUGGGGGGCUGGCCUCCCGGGAAAAGCUGUGGGCCUGCUCCAAGCCCGUUGUAAACUUCAAAGAUGACUUGAAACCCACACUGGUGUGAAAAGCAGCAGGACAGGGAUUGCCACUGAGGUCAGUCCUAGUCCAUCAGAACCAAGACUCCUAAGAUGAGAACCAGAUUCCAGCCUUUGGAGACAGAGCAGCACACCUGACUUGACCUGUCUUGACGAUGUUUCAGCUGUGCACUGUUACUUUGAAUACUUUUGUUUGUUUUUUGUUUUGUUUUGUUUUGUUUUUUGAGGUAGGGUGUCCCUACAGCCUCAGCUGACUUGGAACUCACUGUCUAGACAGGCUGGCCUCAAUCUCACAGAGAUCCACCUGCCUCUGCCUCCCUAGUGCUGGGAUUAAAGGUUUGUACCACCACCAUGCCCAGCUUGAAUACUUCUUGAUCUGUACAAAGAAGGGUAUUGUUACUACCUCAUGGCAUUACUAGGACUCUAGUUGAGGGACUAUAGAAGAUACUCCUUGAACCAAAGGUGCUAAAUGAGAAGAUAGAGUUGUCCAUUCAGCUUAGCCUGCAAUCUACAAACUCUGAAUGUAUACCAGGUGACUGGAUGGAUGGAUGGAUGGUUGGACGGACGGACAGAAAGAUGGAGACAUGGGUGGGAGAGUUCUGCAGAGCCUAAGUGAUACAUGGUGACCCAUCAGACUAGCUUUUCCAGGGAUAGACCUGCCAGGCAGAUAAAUCUACACCCUUGAUCCUCUGACUCUUGGGAAGGGGGACUUUCUUUCAGGUGAAGGCUAUAAACAACACCACUUCUGGGUUCUAACUUCUGGCUCAAGUCAUCUCUACACUCCUUGCCUCACUUCUUAUCUAUCUACCACUGUGGCAUCUUACAAUGAUACCCAACACAAUUGGGUCUCCAUGAGCCCUCAGGAUACUCAGAUUGCUUUCCUGGGCUCAACUGUACCCAAGGCCCACCCCCUCCCAGUGGUACAGCGUUCUUUUAGUAAGGAGCACAUACCAGCAGUCUUUGUUGGGAGACUAGGGAAGUCAAUUCCAGUUUUGGGUGCCAUUGGAGUUGCAUAACCACCAAAGACACAUAAACCUAGAAAAUGGAGGAAUAGAGGGGAAAAAUAGGUGAUUAGAAGGCAAGAAAGAAAACAGGUUCUGAGCAUUUCACCUGAGUCUGGCUUGGGAUUUAAUAAUACCAAAUUUCAGUAAUUCUUCAUGGUGACUAUAAAAUAGACACCCCAGUUUCUACAGAUGGGUACUGUGAGGCUUAGAGAAAUGAGAUGACUUCCUCAGUCUCACACUCCCGGACAGUGAUUGAUGGAGAAUUUGCACAUAGCUACUGGGACUGGAGAUUGGUGGGUUUCCCCCAGGGAUGCAUUUCUCCACUCAUUCUUCAAGAAGUGGCAGACAAGGCUCAGGAGACAACAAAGCAAGGGCAGUGUAAGUUGCUAAGAUGUGCUUGACUCAGUCCUGGUGGGAGACACUUGGUUCUGCACCUCCUGAAGCAGGCAGGCCUUGGCUUCCUACUGCUGGGGAGAACUUGCAGCUCCAAAGGACCCAGGGAGCUGGUAAAGGAUGAGUUCCAGGAACUCAUCUGAUGCUAAAGCAGCAGGGAAGGCAUAGCUGGUCCACUUCACUUGUUGCUUAGUUGGUCAUCUGCCCCCACUGUGUGUUAUGCCUGGUUUAGUGAAAGAGUUUGGGCUUCAGAAGCCUUCACUAAAGAUCUCUCAGACUUACGACAGACUUUCAGGGUCUAUUGAUACCUCAUGACCCUCCAGGUGGUAGAACUGAAGGCCCCACUAGUGAACAGCAUCUUCUGCCAUCUACUUUUCAAUACAAAGUUCUUAAUUUAUUCCACGUGUGGGUUUGUAAUUUUGUACUCUCUGUGUGUACUGUUUGUAUGUUGCCUAAGUGGUAAUUUAAUAAAAGAGAAAUGAGUCUCAGAACAAAUCUGUUCUAAAAUUGGGGAGGUGGAGUCCAGGGAAGGCCAUGCCACCCUAAGAAGGUAAAAUAUAGAAGCUAAAGAAUUGCUGUUCGGUUCUCAGAGUUCCAAGCACAUUUUCUGCCAAUGGAGGCUUCAGCCAAGCUUCCAUUUGCAAAUCUCCUAUGAUCUCCCUCCCUGUGGGGGUCCCUAUCCCAGAAACAGUCCCCUUAGUGGGUGGAGGAAACAGUAGAGACUCUUAGAGACUCCUUCUGACCACUGUAGCUUCUGUGACUUUUCCUUAGCUUCCUUCCUCCCAGGCUACCCCUAGUAGCCUACUGUUCCUUAACAUGGAGAUUGUGGGUUUGCAACCAGGUGAUCUAGCCUUCUCAUUCAGCUUCUAGACCCUCACUCCCACAAUUCCAGCCAUUCCACAGCUCCAUCCUUUUCUCAUCUACAAUUUCUUCCCCCAUUUGUGAAUUAUUUACCCUUCAAACGAGUGAAGUAAGCAUUCUUUCUUUACCCUUUCCCAACAAUCCCCAAGUAAAACUGACUGACCCUUUGGUUAAAUGGGGAAGGAUGUUAGGGUGUCCAAGUUUUGACCUUGGUUGUAUAGAGGCUUGUAUUAUGCAUCUGUCCUAGAAUGACUUUGUAAACUCUACUAGAGCUGACUGAAAAGGUAGAGUCGAUUGACCCUAAGAUUUCCCUAUUUAUAAUUUGAUUUAAACACUAUCCCUGCUCAAAAAUAUUGUCACCAAAUCUGUCAUUUACUCUGUGCACCACCACCUCUUCUCAUCAACAAAUUUCUUAAAGCUUCUGAGACCUGCUCAUAGGUGGUGAAAUACUUAGAGGGGCAAGUGUGCUGUUGCUCUUGGCAAGUUCUUGAAGAAAAGGCAGUAUAUUAUGCAGAGGAAUCUUAGUAAACAUUGCUUCUGCUGCCUUUAUCUGGGAAAGCCCGCUUUCCUUAAAGGGUCAGCUUGGCCUCCCAGGAGUUCAUGGAUGAUUUGUUGCAGAAGAGAUGGAUCAGCAGUUAAAAGUACUGACUGCUCUUGCAGAGGACCCAGGUUCAAUUCCCAGCACCC